AUGCCGGCGCCCCUGGGCUUCCUUGGUCUGGUCCUGUUCUGGGUGCUGGCGCCAGCGACUUCAGGGAAAAUGCCAGACUCGCUGGUGGGGCAGGUGGCCGCCUGCAUGACUUCCUGCACAGGGUCAGCUGAUCCUCACCUCCCCGUGGGCACCAGAUACAUCUAUCACUUUUCCACUAACACCAGCACCAGCCUGCAGGGGGCCCAGGUGGAGGGGAGUGGCCUUGGUCUGCAAGGCUUGGUCACCCUUGAUGUGCUUGGCCCUUGCCAGAUGGCCUUACGGCUCCAGCACUUCCAGCUGACAUCCAUCCUGGGGUCCAAGGUGGAAGUUCUGAAGGAGUCAGAGAGUUUGAGCGCUGUCCUGGGCCGCGAGCCGCUGCGCUUCGUCCUGCAAGCGGGGCGCGUGGUCCGCCUGUGCCCCCACACCGCCGAGCCGCGCUGGGCGCUGAACGUGAAGCGGGCGGUGCUGAGCCUCCUGCAGGGUCAUCCGGGUGCCCGCGACCCCCAGACCGUGGAGGAGGUGGACAUCCUGGGCAGGUGUCCCACCACGUACCAGCAACUCGGAAGCAGGCUGCACAAGACCAAGGACCUGACGCGGUGCUCCCUGCGCAGGGUGCGCGCCUCCCUGCGCUCGCAGGCCCUGCCCGCCUCCGAGGAGCAGUCUGGCCUGGCCUCCCGCCUGACCUGCGUCCAGAGUCUGCAGGCCGGCGUGCUGCGGGAGGCCUCCUGCACGCAGCUGGACACCGCGGGGCCCCUCUCCAGGGAGGCAGAUGCUGCGCUGAUGUGGACCCUUUCCUCGCUCUCCCUGCUGCAGGAGAUACCCCAGGACCCGGCUGUCACAGAUUCAGACAGUGGAGACUUAACCCCGAGCAGCUUGCUCUAUGAAUGGGAGGAGACCCCGUCCCAAGCUACGAUGGCCACAGGGGCUGCAUCAGUGAGGAAGCUGUGCCUGGCUCAGGCCACAAGCUUUGAGGCCACGGAACUGUUCCUGACGCUAGUGACUGAGCUCCGCGGCCUCUCUGCAGAUGAGCUCAUGGAACUCUGGGGACUUUCUUUUAAAUGCCGAGACAACUGGCAGCCGCUGGUGGAUGCCCUGCCCUCCUGUGGCACCGAGGCCUGCGUGGGCCUCAUGGCAGAGCUCAUCGUGUCCGGGGAGGUGGAGGCAGACGAGACAGAGGCGUGGCUCUGGUCGCUGGCCUUCGUCCCGGAGCCCACUGAUGCUAUGGUCCGCGCGCUGCUGCCUCUGCUGCAGGCCCCGGGGGCCAGCGCCAGCGCCUUCCUGGGCAUCUCGGCUCUGGUGCACAACCUGUGUGUGUCUCUGGACGGGCCCUGUGAGCAACUGCCUGGUGUUGGCUCCCUCGUGAGGAUCCUGGGAGAUGCCGUGGGUGCCAACUGCACCUUCCAGGAGCCCUCAGACGCUGAUCAGCUCCUGUUCGUGCUGAAGGCCAUUGGCAAUGCUGGCCGGGCGGCCACGGCUCUCACCCCCAAGCUGAGCACUUGUGCCUCCCUGGGGAGCUGCCCCCCUGAGAUCCGGCUGGGGGCCAUCCAGGCCUUCCGGAGGGUUCCCUGCUCUGCAGACCGGUCCAUGCUCUACAGCCUGUACCAAAACGCUGAGGAGGAUUCUGAGAUCCGCAUCAAUGCCUACCUGGCCCUGAUGAGGUGCCCGGGAGAGGAGGUGUUUGCCCAGGUGCGGCGUACCCAGGCAGGAGAGCAGUCCACCCAGGUGGGCUCCUUUGUGUGGAGUCACCUCCUGCAGCUAUUGGAGACGGACGACCCCUUGAAACAGACCCUACGGGAGGCCAUCCCUGAAGAUAUUGUCAGCCGGGAGUUCCAUCCAGAGAUGUGGAAACACUCGUCCUACUCUGACAUCACCUUCCGCUCAGCAUCAGGCAGCCUGGGAGCCAACCUGGAGGGGACCCUUCUCUUCUCCCCAGCCUCCUUCCUCCCCCGUUCUGCCACAGCCAACCUGACCAUCCAUGCUCUUGGUCAUGCCUUCAACGUUCUGGAGCUGGGGCUCCGACUGGAAAAUGCCGAGGAAAUGGCCCGCAGGCUGUUUGGCCCAAAGUCAUUCUGGAGGCAGGAAGGGGCGAGACAAGCCCAGGCGGAGGAGCCCCAAGAGGCAGAGCCAGGGCCUGCACUGCCGCUGGCUGACCCUGCUUGUCCAGGAGAAAGGUCCAGAAAGAUGAGAGACUUGCAGCAGAAGGUGGCCCGGAGGCGCAGGGAGAGGCAGGCGCUGAAGUGUCAGCUGAGCAUGAAGGUGUUCGGGCACGAGCUAAGCUUUGUGAACUGUGGGGCGAUGGGGAGCCACGUGACGCGCCAGUCCCUGAACUUGGCUGAGCUUGCCAUCAAACUCCUGAAGGGCCAGGAGGUGCAGGUGAACCGGAGGCUGAACCUAGCGAUGGAGGAGCUCACCUUUCCCACCAUGUCUGGCCUCCCAGCCCGCUUGACUCUCAACGUCUCGGCGGCCAUCAACAUCCGGGUCCGAGGGACAGCCGACUUCCAGCAGCGCUCAGAUUUCUCUGUGAAUGGUUAUGUCAAGCCCAGCGCCCUGCUCCAGAUCUCAGUGCAGAUGGGCACAGUGGGUGCCCUGGGGCAGGCCGGGCUGAGGUGGGUGACUGGUGUCCGCGGCACUGCCAGCCUGGAUGGUGGGAUCCAGGCGAGGAAGGGCCAAGACCUCAGGGUGCAUCUAAACACACCGGAAGAGGUUGUGGAGCUGCUCCGCUUCAGCUCUCAGCUGUAUCUCAUCACUGGGGAUGGCGCGAGGAGCCUCAGUCACAUUCCCAGCCCUUCCGAGGCCCCGUCCUGUACCAGCAAGGAAGCAUCCCACACCUGGGGCUGGCAGCUCUGCGCUGAGAUGUGCUGGCCUGCGCCCGACCAGCCCUACCUGCUCUGGCUGCCUGUCUUCACAGCCGUGACCCUGAAGAAGCAGGACCGGGGGCUCCAACAGUAUCUGCUGGAAGCUGCCUACACCCUCUACCCCCAGAAGGACUGCUGGCUCCCUCAGGAAGCCUCAGCUCACAUCUUCAUGGGCACACCCGGAUCGGAAGUGCCCAGGGACGUCGGGGUGGACGUCAGCUACAGCUGGCCUCAGGGGAAGUUCCGUCUCAAGCUUCUCCAUCCCAAGAAGAGAAUCGAGCUGGAUGGAAAGAUCGAGACUGUCCAGAGGGCCUGCAUGGGUCACCUGGAGUUGAUCCUGGAUGAAAGGGACGUCUACUACAUCAAGGGCCGGAGCAACCUGUGGCCAGCAGUGGGCGGCGAGGCCCAGCGGUUUGAGGCCCAGCUGGAGGCGAGACUGGUGACAUCGGGCAGCCCUCUGGUCCUCACCGGAAACCUCAGCCGGCAGGCGGGCAGCCGGCUUGCCUUCUCUGUGUCACUGAGCAACCUGCUGGGUGAUGAGGCCCACGUGUCAGCGCUGCUGGAGAAGAAGGUGAAGGACGGGCUGCAGGUGGUGUCCCUGGGUGUUGAGCUCUUCGUGCCGGAGCUCGUGGGGCUACGUGCCCUGGGCCAGCUGCAGCGGCGGGGCCACCUCUGGACCAGCUACCUGAGGAUCAAGUACGGCCUCCGGGGUCAGGCGAAGCAGCUGGCUCAGGAGUGCAGCACCAGCCAGAAGCUAUGGGCAGAGAGCAGCUCGGAGGCCGCCUACAAGCUGGAGCUGAACCACAAGCUCCACUGCACGCAGAUCCCAGCGUUCAGUCACAAGGUCCAGCUGCGGCACGAGGAGGUCUCAGGCCAUCUGCACUGGGAGCUGGAGGCGAGCUAUGGGAAGCACUGGGAUGACAUUCGCAACAGGAGGCGCCUCCGCAUCCUCCAGACCUUCCAGAAUGACUCCGGCCCAGCCCUGAGCAAUCACUUCCUGGAGUUUGUGCUGCAGGUGCUGGAGAGGCAGGUGGAUUACCGAAUGCAGCUGCACCACCUGAGCCUCCGCCACCCCCACGUGGAGACCAGCGCACACCUGAAGGUGCAGUACAACGGGCGGCUGCCCUUCGUGGCGGGCCUGCAGUGGAAGGACACGUCCCGGGCUGCCCUGUGGAGGUGGGAAGGAGCCUUGAACCUGAAUAGUCCCUGGCUGAUGGUCUCCACGGCUCACAGGCUGUAUUGGCCUAACCGAGCCACGUUCCAGGCUGUGUUGGAGCUGACGCUGGGCAAGGCCUGGACCCUCAAGAAUCUGGUGAUAAACGUGGCCUGCAGGGGCCAGGGCCUCCAGAGGGAUGGCAAGAUCCACGUCUACACUCCAGCGACCACCUACCUCCGGGUUUCCACGGUGACAGCCUUGACACAGAGCCUCUUUAGCAGCCGGAGUGAAAUAGAAUCAGCCUGGAGCGCAGCGGUGCAGAGCGAGAUUCAUGCUGAGAACAGCCGAGACCUUAAGAGCCUGCGCUGCUGGUUGAAGGGCCCCCAGCGGGAGCUGAACCUAACAGCCGCCUACAGGCACAUGGAGCAGCCACGGAAGAGUCAAGUAUCGCUGACGGCUCUGGGGACCAGUGCCAGGGGCCAUCCUGAGGGCCUGCAGCUGGAGGGCAUACUGGAGGAGCUGGUUCGAGACAGGAGCUUGUACCGGAAGCAGGGGACCUUCUCCCUUCGGCACCCCUGGACCGUGGCCCUCCCGCAGCGCAUCCUCCUGCAGGAGACCUUCACGGCUGACCAGCAGCACCAGCGUUACUCCCUGGAGACCAGGGUGGUCCUGGAUGCCCAGGAGGAGACCCUGCAGACCGUGGUCCUGGGCUACCAGGCCGGGCACCCCUAUGUCUGCGCAGGCCUGACCCACCCGUAUGACGACAGGGCCAUCCCCAGGAGCUUGGACGGGUGCGUGGUUUCGUGGAAUCGGCACCUGGCUAAGAACAGAGGUGUUGAGGCCACUCUGAGAGUCAACCAGAAAGUCUUGCUGCACUUGAAGGCUUUGCACCACAACAGAUCUCAGCACAGUGAAGUCUGGCAUAACCUGGCUCUGGACGUGACUCACUCCUUCCAGCUGAGGUUUCCCCAAGCCCUGAAUGUGGAUGGGGACAUUGUCUUCAGACAGAGGCACGAGGGAGCAUUUGACUGUGGUGUGGAUGCACGAGCUACCAUCAACCACAACAUCACGUCCCAGGUCUCGGUCCAGCUAAAUGGAUCUGACUCCCACUCGGUGGUUUCCUUCCAGCUCAGACGUCCCCGUGGACCCACGUUUCCUCCAGACUUACAGGUGCAGGCAGCUGUCCGGCAGUACAGAGAGCACAGCCUCGACAGCUCCCUGUCUGUGCACGUGUCUGGUGAGGAGCUGAUUCUGCUGGAGGCCAGUGCAAGCCAGGACAGCCGGAGGAACACCCGGGGCUGGGGUGUGAGCGUCCUCCUACACCAGGAGGUCCUCAGAGCCCCCAGGGCUGUUCAGCUGCAGCUCUCCAGCAAGGUCGCCCCAGCCAGGAUCUGGCUGUUUUCCAAAGCCCUGCUAGACCAGAACACAGUGCAGCUCUUCCUCAAGGCCUCCGAGGAACGGAGGAGAGGCCGGGUCCUGACUCUGCGGAGCCAAGCACAGCACACAGUGGCCGCCUGGGCAGCCCUGCCCCGUCUUCUGACCCUCGUUGGGGUGCUGAAGCAGAAGGAGGUGCUCAGAGAGGGUACCAUCAAGGUCACCGCCGACUCAGCCAUGCUGGGAUUGCUCUUGCGGGACAAGCAUGAGAGGGCAGGGAACAGCACCAGCGUGCACAGUGUGACCUGCAUCCUUGCCCAGAACAGCAGCCAGGCCUUGCCAGGAGAGCUCCAGUUGAGGGGGCAGCUGCAGGCCCAGACAGGGAGCCUUGGGGGCCAGGCUAGCCUCCAUGCAGACACGGCCAGCCUGGCUCUGGGUGGGGUUUGCACCUGGGGCCCAGGGCAUGGCCAGCUCUCUGGCAGCCUGAGUCACAACAUCAGUGCUUUGAGUGAGGCAGGGCUCUCCUCCCAGGCAGGGAUGCUCCUGUCACACACCCACGUGGCUUCCAAUUUCUCAGUGCGGGUGAUGCUGCGAAGUUCUGGGGGUCAGCUGGAUGCAGCCCUUGGCCUGGAGGGCGUGGCCACCAGCUCAUCGGGCAGCCAGCUCCGAGCCAGCCUCCACCACACGGUGCCUGGCCUCGGGCGCUGGGGCCUCCCCUUCUCCGUGGACGGCCGUGGACACUUGCAGAGCUCGGGACCCAGUCUGGAGGCGGGGUUGGUGGUGAGCGUGGACGGCGAGGAGCUUGGUGGAGCCCAGGAGAGGAGGGGAGCAGGUGACCACCGGGAGCUGACCCUGGGCCUGCAUACCAGCUUCAUGAGGCUCCAGAAUCCAGCUGUGCUGACACUGAACGGCUCCUUCCUGGUGCACAGCGUUGGGGCCAGCCUGGUGGCUCAGGUGUCGUCUGGAAACACCUUCGCCCGAGCCCACGUCCACUCAGCCAGCGGCCACCGUGCUUACCUGGACACCGGCCUCCAGCAAGCGUGGCCUCCACUUCAGGCACUGGGAGUACCCCCCAGCAACCACAUCCGCAUGUCCAUGGGGGGAGAUGAAGCCCCCCGGGCCCAGCUGGAGGUGGCCCUGGGCCUGUGCGCCCUGACUGCCCGUGGGGACUUCAGGUCAGAGGCCAGCGCCACACACAACUGGACCCUGGUCCUGGUGAAUCACUGCCCUCUGCUGGAGGUGACAGGAAUCCCGCGGGCCCUGCACUCCGAGGGCAGCCUGAGCUGGGGCCCCUGCCAGUUCGACCUGACCACGGACUUCCAUAUUGACCGUGGAGACGCCCACCUGCAGUUGGCCCAUACCUGUGGGCCCCAGACCUUGGUCCUGGGGCACCUGACCCACUCCCUGCCCUUCCUGGGCCAACUGGGCCUGCCACCCUGGAGUGCCAUCAGCCUGACUGUCCAGCCUGGCCCCGCCCCCUACAGCUCCCUGUCCCUCCGGAUGGGGCCGUGCCAGCUGCGGGGUGCCCUGGAGCAGCAUGCUGAGAACCAGAGCACGUGGACUCUGGCCACCGAGCCGGGCUGCCCGCUGCUGGAGCGGGACCUGGGCCUCCCAGCAGGGACGCAGCUCAGCAACUCCCGGCAGGCCUUGGGUGGGGAAGCAGAAGCAUCAGGGGUCCUUGCGGCAGCCACCCAGGCUGCUUCCUUGACCUUGGCGGUGACCCUGCGCCCAUCUGAGGCCACACUCCAAGCAAAACUGAGGCCCACGCUGUCUGCACUGCACGCCCUUCGCCCGGAGACCUCGCUGACUGUCCAGUGUGGGUGGGAGGCCGGGCACCGGCUGCGCCUGGAGCUGCACUCAGGGGCCUGCGAGCUUCAGGGCAGCGGUGAGCUGCAGCUGGACCGCCGGCUGCAGUGGCGGCUGGUGGCCGAGAGCUCCUGCGAGGCCCUGCAGGCCCUGGGGGUCCCAGGCCGAGUCGACGGCUCUGGCUACAUUGUGGUGAACUCCACGGCCGUGGACGCUCUGGUGCUGGUCACCGUGGAUGCCAGCACACUACAGGGGCUGCUUGUCCUCAGUACCACCGAGACCCAGCAGGAGGUAAACUUUCUGCUCACACACAACCAGCCUCAGCCCAACCCCUUGGCCCUCCCAGCCCAGAUCCUGCUAUACCUGACCAAGGAGAGGCUUGGGCCCAGCUAUAGACACAGCCUGCGGGUUGGAGUGGAUGGCAAAGAGGUGUCCGAGGAGCUGACCUUCACUCGGUGGCCAGAGCACGUCUCCCUGGACUGCAGACUCCAGCACAACAUGCCCGCGCUGCGGACGCUGUGGGUGGAGGACAGGGUGGCCCUUCAGGUCUCCGCGGACGUUGACAGCAGCGGCACUGGCUUUGAGAAUUCAGGACGCGUCUCGGCAGGGUCCACGUCUCUGAACUACUCCGUGAGCUGCCGUCACCGCGAUGGGCGCCUGGAGUUCUCUGGUUGGAGUGAACACAACAGCUGGGCCCUGUGGCAGGCGGGGUUCCCGGGAGAGGCCCGCCUUGCCGCCGAGCUGCAGAGGCAGAAGACCCAGACACAGGCCUGUGUGGUCCUCCAAGGUGGGGACGGUGGGAUCAGCAUGGACGCGGCAGCCCUGGUGGCCCGGCCAGUGAAUGGCCCCCUGGAGCUGGUGGUGAAUGUCAGCCACACGGCACCUCUUCUCCGGAGGCUGGGCCUGCCCUUUGCCAGCCAGCUCAUGUUCCGGGAGCUCUGGGAAAAGGAAGAGAUGCAUUCUUCCCUGCAGCUGACGUGCGAUUCUGAAACCAGCCUGGUCCUCAACGUCCACGGCCACAACGAGGCACUCAGCAAAGAGCUGCGGCUCUCCGGCCGGCAUCACCUCCCUGUCCUCCUCGGCCGCUGCCCCAGCAGAGCCUCCGCCUCAGCCAAGCUACGAUACUCCGAGGGUGGAGCCGAGGGCACAUUUGUGUUGAUGGUGGAGGAGCAUCACUUCCACAUGGACGCCGGGCUCACAGCUGCUAAGAACAGCCUUACCAACAUCAUCAAGCUGGAGCAGACCUUCCCCCAGUUCCAUGCCCUUCCUGGGGAGCUGGUCCUUCAGACCUCAUAUGAGCGAGCCCGUGACACCCGAGUCCUGCAGUACAUGGUGCUGUGGGAUGGGCGGGGCCUGGCCCUCGAGGGGAGCCUCAAUGGGAGCCUCUCCGGGCCCCUCCUCAAGCCUGCCGGGACCCUUGGUCUGCAAGUGGAGCUCACCCACCCGCUGCCCCUCCCCCUGCCACGGCACUGCCGCUUCCGCCUGACCUCCGAGCAUUCGACACGCCGUCACCAGGAUGACCUGGUCGUGGGCUGGGACGGCAAGGACCAGGUGGCGCUGUCUUCCUCUCUGUGGCUGGGGAAGGGCAAGCUGGCUGCCCGCCUGGCCCUGGCUCACCCCUUCGGCCUCUCCUGGCAGCGGGCCGAGGCCAGCGGCCUUGCUGAGAGCAGGGGCGGCAGGCAAAGCCGGCAGGUACAGCUUGCCUGGAAUGGAGGGCAGCCGCUGGCCUUGCAGCUCACCUGGGCCAACAGGUCCUCGGCGCAGAGCGCCUCCUGGGACGGCUGUGUGGCCGCCUCCCCUGGGCAGCUCCAGGAUACCUGGGGCCUGGGUGCCCUCAGGGCCUGUGGGGCCUUAACACAGACCCCAGCUGUGUUCAGCGAGUGGCUGGAUCUGUCCUGGGACGGACGCCGGGUACAGCAGAACCUGACGUAUGAGAGGCGCCAGCCAUCCCUCCCAGACAAGAUUCAUGCAGAGGCCAUGCUGGAGCACGUCCUCGGGGCCCCCUGCCCCACGCAGAGCUUCCGGGGAGACGUGGAGACCGACCAUGCCCACUGGCUGCGCCACUCACUGCAGCUGGGGCUCUGCCACCUGCCCAGGGCCCUCGCCGUCUCCGGGGAGCACACCCUGGGCAGCGGUGAGCUCCUGCUACACUCCAGGUGCCAGCUGGGCCUCGCCCCAGACCCAGAGCACGGCCUGCACCUCAGCCUGAUGCUCCGCAACCACAGCAGGCCCCGGACGCAUGACUACUCCGGGGAACUGGAGCUCCGUGGCCCCAGAGCUCAGUGGCUUGGCCUCCUGGGCCGCGUCUCCACCCUCGCUUCUCGAAGCCUGGUCCAGAUGGAGGGAAGCGUGGCCGACGGGGAUGAGAAAGUGAGGCUGUCAAUGUCUCGGGCCCCAAACUGCUUCCAGGCCUCGGUGGCCCACGAGGAAGGGAGGCAAGAGGAGAGCGUGCUGCUACGGGCCUGUGCCCACAGGCAGGCGGCGGAAGUGGAGGCCCUGCUCCGGGACCGAGGGCAGCCCGUCCAGCCGCUGGUUCGCCUGACCCUGCAGGCUGCCAACCGGAGCCUCCGCUUGGCUGCACGCGGCUGCCAGGGGACCCUGCUGGGCCACGUGGAGUCCAGGGUAGCUGCUCUCGGGUCCCAGAUGCAAGCUGGGCUGGAGGAGAGGAUCCACAGCUUGGAUGCCUACGUGAGAAGGUUCCAGCGCCUGGUGCAGCCAGCAGGCGCCCUGGACGGCCUCACCAGCCCGCUUCUGCGGCUGUGCCAGGCGGGGCUGGGGGCCGUACGGGAUGGCGGCCGGGCAGUGGCCGCACUGUGGGGCCUGAGCCCGGCCAGGCGGGCGCUCACCCACCAAAUGCCACUCUCCCUGGAGAGGCUGCAGGCGGGGCUGGAACAGCUGCGGAAGGAGCUAGAACGGCCCCUGGCCACGCUGAAGGACGCCUACCUGGAGGUGACGGUGCGGCCCCUGGACGACGUGUGGCGGGAGCGGGCGGAGGCGGCCCUGCGGCAGCUGCAGGCCUGGGUGUCCGGGAUGCCGGGCACCUGGGGGUCCGGGCCCCUCGCGGCAGCGCUGGAGGCCACAGGUGGCGCCCUGGAGCUGGCCGCCCACCGGAUGCUGUCUUGGGCCGACGCCGCGCUCUCACGGGCACUGAGGCGGCUCUGCAGACCCCUCCUGGACAUGUACAGCCUCUCAGCCAGGGACCAAUCGGUGGCGGUGACGCUGCCGAUGCUGCCGGCAGGGGACGAGCCCCUGGAUGUGGCCCGCGUGACCAGCCACCUGGUGGAAGAGCUGCUGCUGCGGCCGCUCCGAGCGCUCUACGGGACCAGCGUGCUGGCCGAGUACCACCGGCUCAAACGCGGCCUGCUGGGGGCCCCCUCUGGAUACCACGCCGUGGUGGCCGGGGCCAGGUACGUGGUGACCUUUGACGGCUGGGUGUGGGCCAUUGGUGACCGCUGUGGCAGCCUGCUGCUGGCCCAGGACUUUGCUCAUGACACCUUCUCGCUGACGCUAAACCGGGCGGGCUCGGGGCUCACGUCGCUGACCGUGGGGCUGAACCACACCAUCCUUGCCCUCUACCCCAGCCUGAAGACCUACAGACUGUACAGCAGCUCCCUGCCCGGGGAGAGCUGUCUGGACAGGGACCUGCCUCCCACCAAGACUGGGAAGGACGACCCGAGGAUUGAGCUGACCAGUGAGGACGGUGUCUCCAUCACCUGUGACGUCCGUGCCAGCCUCUGUGGGCUGACUCUCAGCGUCUGGCAGCAUGGCCUGUCCGCCGGCCUUCUGGGCACCAAUGACAACGAGGCCAGCAAUGAGCUGAUGCUGCCGGAUGGCACGCUGGCCAGCAGCCUGGAGGAGUUCGCCCAGGCCUGGCAGCUGGCUGGUGACUGCAGAGCCGUGGAGAAGACUCGGCCGGUGUGCCUGGAACAGAGCCCCACCUGCCGGGCCUUCUUCCACGACCCCCACUCCCACCUGGCGAGCUGCUUCGGAGUGGUGGACCCAACACCCUUCCUCAGCCUGUGCAUCCGGGACACCUGUGGCACCCAGGAGCACCAGCCUGCCUGCACCCUGGCCGCCGCCUAUGUCCACCUGUGUGCCAGGGGCUUCGUGCCCGUGGACCCCCCUCCACAAUGCGUACACUCUCUGAGAAGGCAGUCUGUUCCUGGCUCCUGCUUUGGGGUGGAAGGGAAGGAAUGGAACUUGCUUGCAAUGUGCUGA